CUGGUUCCCGGCGAUGACAGUUUCCUGCGGCCCGGUGGAGCCGCUGGUGGCCGCGGCAGGAUGUGCAGAAGGAGGGCGGGCUGUCACACUCUCGGCUCGGUAUGUGAAGACUCGGCUGGCGGAGUGAAUCUCUCUUAAUUCUGCCGGAGGAGCGGAUGUGGCAGGCGGACAGCGAGAGGACAUGAGUAACAGCAUGGAGGGUUCGGCGGGACCAGGCGUCAGGGCGAACGGACCCGUGGCAGCGCCCAGCAGCCCGGUGAGCUCCACCAUGGGGCCGCCUCGGUCUCCACAAGAGCUGGAAGACGAGCAGCAGUCGUCGCUGACGGACGUCACCCAGAUGUGGAUUAAGUUUGCCAAGACCUUUGCGCUCAUCUUCCCCAUCUACAUCCUGGGAUACUUUGAGUUCAGUUUCAGCUGGGUACUGAUCGGACUGGCCGCGUUAUUCUAUUGGAGGAAGAACCACGGCAGUCAGGACUACAGGAUAAACCGUGCCUUAGCCUUCCUGGAACACGAGGAGAAAGCAAUAAAGCAAAGCGUGCCUACGACUGAGCUGCCACCGUGGGUGCAUUAUCCAGAUGUGGAAAGAGUGGAAUGGCUGAAUAAGACGGUGAAGCAGAUGUGGCCGUUCAUCUGCCAGUUUGUGGACAAGCUGUUCAGGGAGACCAUCGAGCCGGCGGUGAAGGGCGCCAACCCUCAUCUCAGCUCCUUCUGCUUCACCAAGAUCGACAUGGGCGACAAGCCGCUGAGAGUGAACGGGGUGAAAGUUUACACAGAGAAUGUGGACAAGAGGCAAGUCAUCAUGGAUCUGCAAAUCAGUUUUGUCGGAAACACAGAGAUUGACGUGGACAUCAAGAAGUUCUAUUGCAGAGCUGGGAUCAAAAGUAUUCAGCUUCACGGAGUGGUGCGAGUGGUGAUGGAGCCGCUGCUGGGGGACAUGCCUCUGAUCGGCGCUCUGAGCGUCUUUUUCCUCAAGAAACCAGUGAGUACCUUGACCUCUGACCUUAUGUCCACUGACAACUUUCCCGUCAUCACAACAAAAAUAACACAAAUCAUCACAAUCAUUCGUCAUGGCCAAAUCUCGUGGACUCUCGAAGUCCGCACAAAGUCCACCUGGCCCCUUGUGGGUUCCCAGGAACGCGUCCAUGAGUUUGCAAGUGAAGUGAAGUCUGGACAUUUGGACGUCAGGCAGUGA